AUGUCGGAACUCACACACUUCGACCUCCUCCCCCUCCAAAUAGACCCCCAGUCCAAAGCAAUCUCCUCCACCUCCUCCUCGCGCGCGCUGCAAGCCGAGCUCGCCCAGCUCAACGCCCUUCACCGCUCCCUCGUCACCUCCGACACCACCACCCAGCACGGUGUCCCCCCCCCGCCGAUGCCCGUCAACCCCAAACGCUCCGCCAACGUCUCCAAGCUCCGCGACUCCGGCAACGCCGAGUUCCACAAGAAGAAGUACGCCGAGGCCGUCAAGUUCUACACCCUCGGCCUGCAGAUGGCCCUCACCCGCCCGCUGUGGGAGCCCUCGCAGCUCGUCCGCGAGGAGGUCGCCAGCCUGUACGCCAACCGCGCGCAGGCGCACAUGGCGCUGCAGCAGUGGGCCGAGGGCUCCGUCGACGCCGAGGCGAGCGUCGAGGCGAGGAAGGUCGGCAACGCGAAGGCCUGGUGGCGCAGGGGCAGGUGUCUGAUGGAGAUGGGCCGCCACGAGGAGGCGAGGGAGUGGGUUGGCAAGGCGCUCGAGUACGAGGGCGAGGAGGGCGAGCUGGUUGCGCAGUUAAAGGAGAUUGAGGCCAAGAUUGAGAAGAAGGAGAGUGCUUGA